AUGUUCGCCAGGCUAAAGAACUUCGCGGAUUCUCUCGAAGAAUCCGCGCGAACAGCCGGCCAGCGCAACCUCGCAUCUCCACCACCGUCGACUCUCCAAAGGACACCUAGUAGUUCUCGGCGCGACGGCCUUCACGACCGAUCAUCUUCGAGACCCCGGAAUACAGUCUCGUCGCUUAAAGAGCGAGAGCGGGAUCCAGCGGAUUUCGAAGCAGACUUCUCGAGCGAUGGGGGAGGAAUCUCUCGAACCGGAACACCAGCUCCUUCAACGAGUGGUAGUGGUGGUACUAGUGGGGUGGGAGAUGAGAAGCGGGAGGGUGAAACCGGCGAUGGUAGUACAGAGAGGAAGGAUGCAGGCGGAGCAGGAGGGACCAGCAAUGGAACCAUAAAUCUAGCGGAUUUGCCGUCCGAAGUCAGAUUGAAGCUCCGAAAGCUCGAGAAGAUCGAGAACAAGUAUACAGAGCUGCUCCGAUCGUAUCGCAUCACACAUGCAAAGGUUCAACUGAUCGAUCCAUUCGAAAAGGUCCUCCGUGAGACGACACCCUGUACUUCUAUCUCCGAACCCGCGGCAUUCACCGAAUAUCUUAACAACUUAUCGUUACGGUCUGACAUGACGAUGGAGGAAUUCAAACGCGUCUCGAAGGAACUGGCUGAGACGAAGAAGGAGCUAGAGAAGCACAAGAAGGAGUCCGACGACAGAGCAAAGGAAAUCGAGGCAUUGAAACUGCGGGUUAAAGAACUGGAAGGGAAGACAGAGACGAAUGGAGCAUCCUCCAUUGCAAGUCCUACCGGUGUUACAAGCCCAAUAAACGGUCCAUCUACCGCAAAGAACAGUAUUGACCUCGCCGAGAAGGUCAAGUCUCCUGGAGCAGCUUCCAUCUUAUCGAUAUCAUCCCUCAAGCCAACACCAGAAGCUCCUGCGGAAUUCUUUUCAUAUGAAGACGAGCAAGACCGUCUUGAUGCAUUGGUCAAGGAGCAGGUCGAUGAGAUUUCCACAUUAAAGGUUUCUUUGGAUACCGCCAAAACGGCUGCUAAGGUCGCCGAAGAGGCAGCCCAAGUGUUCCAAAAGAAUGUAGAAGACUCGCAGCGGGAGCUUGAGGGUAUGAGGGAAACGAUGGUGGCCAAAGACAGUGAGAUUAAGAGGCUAAUUGACGAGAGUGGGAAGCUCGAGAAGGAGCUUGGAGGUUUGAAGGAAGAGCUCACAGAAGCCCAGGAAGCCGUUAAGGCUGCUGAUACUACGGUUGUUGUAGAAAAGAAGGAAGAUUCUGUCGACUCUGGCCUCCUCGAGAAGCUGGAGAAAGAGAAAGAGACAUUGACUGCAGAGCGGGAUAAUCUUCAAAGCAGUCUGAAGAACUUGGAGGACGAGCUUGCUAAGGCGAAAUCUGAGUACGAGGAGAAGAAUGAGACUCUUCGUGGUGAGCACAAGAAGGACAUAGAGGCAUCGGAAGCAAGUCUCCAAGAACUCAAAGCUGGAAAGGAGAAGGAGAUCGAGGAGCUUGAGAGCAAGAUAGAAGAACUUGAAGGAGAAACCUUGAUGCUAAAAGCUGUUUCCGAUGAACUACAUAAUGUCAGAGAUGCUAAAGUCAAGAUUGAGAAGCUCCAUAAAGAGGCGGAAUCCCGUCUAGAAGACUUGGAAGCGAGGUUGGACAAGACUAAGAAAGAGAAGCUCGCCCUUGAGUCAAAGAUUUCGGUUCUGGAAGACCGACUAUUAGAGACUGAUCGCAAAGUCAAAGAUCUCACGGCCGCAAAACCCCCAGUUGACACCAAACUAGCCGAGUCGAAACCAACAAGUAGUUCGCAAGAUACAUUGGCUGUUCCAGACAAGGGCCUUACAGCUAGUCAGAAGCGCAAUCGCAGCCGACGGAACAAGAAGAAACGCGAAACUGCCGCUUUGACCGAUAAAACCUUCAAACCCGAUGAUGACGAGGACGAGGCAGCAAAAGACGAUACUGAAGACAGGUCCCAGGAUGUUGCUACUCCUACAUCACCACGACCGGAUGACGACGAAAUCUCCGCCACGGAUCUCAUUAUCUCGAAUUUGCGACUUGAAAUCACGGCCCUCAAGAAAGAGCUGGACGAGCAGGAAACACGCAGUGCAAAGUUUCGUGCAGAGGCUAAAAGGGCAGCUGACCGUAUUCAAGAGUUUGAGGUUCUUCAGGAAUCUUUCCUCAAUAUUAGUGAGGAAUGUGUCGAGGCCAAGGACAAGAUUCAGGAUCUAGUCCAAGAAAAGAAAGCCCUUGAAGCCGCCAAACAGGCUGUAGAGCAGGAAUUAACCAAACUGACGAUGGAGAUGGAGAAAGUUACUGCGGAUGGCAAGAAGAUUCAGGAGUCACACGGAGCCGUGCAAGAAGAGUUGACAAAGAUCAAAGACGAAGCGAGUUCAUUAAGUAACAAGCUCGGCGAACUCACAAUGGAAUUCGAAUCUCACAAGGCCUCCAGUGACAAGGUAUCCGACGAAGCUAACGCUAAGUACGGUGCACUGAACAAAGAAUUUGAGGCUGCAAAGGCUCAGGUCGAAUCUACGAAGGCAGAGUUAUCUAUCGCUCAGCAGCUUGCCGCCACUAGGUUCAAAGAUUUAGCCGAGAGGAAAGCGAUAUUAGAGAAGAUGCAGGCUGAAAUCAACAGCCAGAAGUCAGAGCUUUCAAAGCUUUCCGCUACUAACGGCGACCUUAAUCAAAAGCUUGCAACCUUCAGACGGCUGGAGAAGGCUGAGUCUGACUUGAAAUUCGAAGUCGAUAACUUGAAGCGGCGACUUUCAGAUCGUGAGAACGAACUCGACAGUAUUAGAGAGAAAGCACGAGUGGAAGUUAGGAAUGAGACUAUUAGGAGGACUAAAGCAGAAGACUCUAUAAGAACACUACAGAAAGAGCUCCGUGUUUGCGAAGAGGAUAGAAAAGAAGCCCAAGAGCUUGUCGAAUCGCUAUCGAGAGACCUGAAAAAGGCACAAGACGAGGUGUCUACUAUUCGGCCCAAGCUGCUUACAUUCGAACGAGAGGUUCAGAAGUUGAGGUCAGAGCGGGACGGAUUCCAAGAGGAAAUCGACCUAAAGACGGCCCAACAUUCAUCUGCACAAAGCUUGAUGUCAUCUUUGCGAGACCAGACGUCUGAACUUGCAAUGCAGAUGAAGGAACUCAAGGAGAAAAACGAAAGCAUGGAAGAAGAAUUAGCGGAGGCUCAGAAACUUCUAAGCGAGCGUAGUCGCGAAGCUGAAACCAUGAGACGCUUGCUUAGGGACGUCGAAACCAAGCAAGAUGCAAGAAUCAGGGAGAUGAAGGAGAGGAUGGAUCAAGCGAUCGAUGAAAGGGACAAGGCGGAAGAAGAAGCAGCCACUGUUAGCAAGCGAAAGAUGCGAGAACUAGAAGAAAUCAAAGACAAGCUCCGGGAAGCCGAGAAGGCCCUUAAGCGAGUCCAAGAAGAGAAAGCAGAUGCAGAGAAGGAAAGGAACGGAUUAAAGAGCGGUAAGGAGAGAGCGGAAGAGGCUCUACAAAAUUCAACCAAGGAGUUCGAAGAAACGAAGAAGGCGAUGAUUAAUAUGCGGGAUGCCUUGGACGAAACCGAGAAACAAAUGCGAGACUUUGACAAGCAGAAAGGCGAUUUACGGAAGCAGACUGAGGAUAUACAGCAGAAAUACGACAAGCUCCAAAAGGCGUAUAGAAUCGCAACAGACGAACUCCGUAUGAUUCAGAAUGCGAAAACAAGAUCCGAUGAUAGCCCUCGGCCAUCCUCUCGUCAAUCCUUAGAUAAACCAAUGUCGCCAACAAGAAGAGGUUCUGCUACACCUUCAAUGGACGGAAGUGGUCUUGACAGCAUUAAUGUCGACUACAUAAAGAAUAUUGUUCUCCAGAGCUUAGAGGUGAAGAACAAGAAGAUGCAGAUGCAGAUGCUACCAGUUUUGAAAAUGUUGCUGAAGUUUGACGACAAGGAUGAACAACGAUGGUUAACUAUCGUGAGCUCUAUCAAAUAA